AUGAAGUUCCUCAGCGUCGCCGCCGUGGCUUUCAGCCUCGCCUCCCAAGUGAUCGCCGCUCCCACAUCUGUGAUGCAGUCUCUUCCCGUUGUUGGCGAUGCUGUCAACUUGGUGGACGAGGUUGGAGCCGCAGACUCGAAGCUCACUACCAUCACACCGAGAGUUAGCAUUCCCGUCGGGGACAUCGUGACUCCAGUGACCGACCUCACGAACCCCGUCACUAGCCCUCUAGUCAAACCCGUGGAAGACACACUCGGUAGCGUUGUCAAGAAGGACACCGUCAGCGACAUCGUGACUCCAGUGACCGACGCCGUGGCCCCCGUCACUAGCCCUCUGGAAGACACACUCAGUAGCGUUGUCAAGAAGUCCACCUCCCCAGUUGCCACCCUCAUCGCUGCCAUCAACACGCUCGUUCAGACCGUCGAGGCAGAGCUCAACACCAUCAGUAUGGCACUUCCCUUUCCCAUAUUCAACUUGAACAUGUGUCUAACUGUGAAUCCAGCUUCCGCCGUCGCAAAGGAUGUUACAACCAGUGUUGUUCCAGUUGUUCUCACUGCUCUGACCAACAUCGCCAACGCGCUUAAGACCGUCCUUGCCGACAUCACCCCUGUUGUCAACGGUGUUGUUGUUCCAUUGGUCGAGGGCGAAGCAGAGGGUCUUCUUAACGCUCUCCAGGAUCUCUCAAACCUCAUCUCCAACAUCGCCUCGACUCUGGUUUACGUCCUCAAGACAGUUACUGCUGAUGCCAAGAAGCUCCUCGUCCAAGAGAUUGCUGCUGUCCUGUCCCUCCUCCUGCCUAUCAUCAACCCACUUGCUGGUUUCGUGCUCGCAGUAUUGGGACAUCUCACCGGUGAUAUCGUCGGCCUGCUCCGUACUGCCGUUACCGACCUUGUCAACAUCGUCAACGGCUUGUUGAGCCCAGUUGGUGAGGUUGUGUCGCAGCUUCUGUAA